AUGGCCGACUACGACAGACGACAGUCUGGUGGCUACGGAAACCGCAAAAGGCGGUACAGAGAUGACGACGAUAACUACGAUCGCCGACAGCAGCGCCGCAAGGUCGACUCUGCGCCCGUGCCUGUACGCCUUCGUCGGCAGCUCCUGGGCAUCGCCGAUUCUCCGCUGCGGGACUGGGGCACUGAAGUCCAGUCCAUCGCACGGAUGAUCACCGACAACCACGAUGACCAGCAGCUGCGCGACACCUUUCUCGACCUCGCAAUGCAGCUGGCCGUGGAGCAGCCGCUAAAGACUCCGUUUGUUGCUGGUGUAGUUCUGGUCACCAACGCCACCAACCCCGAGCUCGGGGAGAAGGUCCUCGUUCGCCUGUCGCAGGCUAUCGACAGCAACAUUGCGCAAGGAGAGUGGCGGCAGGUCAAGCUCCUUCUCAAGUUCUUGGCGUGUCUGCAGCCUUGUUUGGAGGGCGAUGGCGUGUUUCCGCUGCUCGAGGAGCUGUUUAGCAGAGCGGCCGACUUGCAAACGGCGAGCUCCGACGAUACAAUUGGCACAGAGCUCGUCAAGAUCAUUCUUCUGACCAUUCCAUACGCUAUGGCUGCGGCACCGGAGCAGUUCCAACAGAAGGCAGCCGAUCUGAUGGAGAAGACGGACAUAAUCGCGUCUGAGCCGCACGCACUCCAGGCACUGGUGGACCCCUACCACCCCGAGGGCAAGGAGGAGAGUCCAGCGGCAUCUCAGAGCCUAUGCAUGCUGCUGCAGAAGCAGCUGCAGGCGGAAGCGUCCAAAAAUUGGGAGCUCGCUUGCCUGCCUCGCCCCUGGCAGCUGCCUCUGGAGGAAAUCGAGGCCCAGGACAAGGUCGCCAACGCGACGAAACACGCCGUGCCCUCGAUCACCGUUCCUACUACGGUGAUUGCGGGCCCCCGUCCGCUUUUCCCGGAAGUUUGGCUUUCCGUUUACUCAGAGCAAGAUGUUGAGUCGGUGCCUGGGACCACCACGCUGGCUUCUUCACUGAUCCGAGACGGCCUCGUUGACACCAUCAACGUCCUCGAUUUCAACAGGCACGCGGUUGCUAGGUACCUGACGGAUCUUGACUGCUACUUUGCCGAUGGCACAUUCGUCAAACGCGCGACCCCGUUCGACGAGCUGCGCAAUUUCCCCACUGGCCGCAACACGUGGAAGCCCGAAGAUGUGGCCGUCGACACCGUCUUUUCACAACUCUUUCAGUUGCCCAAACCCGAGCGCAAAGUUGUAUAUUACCACUCUGUGCUGACAGAGGCCUGCAAGCUGGCCCCGGCUGCCAUCGCGCCGAGUCUCGGAAGAGCCAUAAGAUAUCUCUACCGGAACAGCCCGCGUCUGGAUCUGGAGCUCAGCUACCGUUUCCUGGAUUGGUUCUCGCACCACCUCAGCAACUUUGGCUUCACUUGGAAGUGGGCCGAGUGGGAGGAAGACACGGACCUCCCCGAGCUGCAUCCGCGGACCUGGUUCCUGGUUGGAGCGUUGGACAAGGAGGUCAGGCUUAGCUUUGCGCCGCGCAUUGAAAAGACUGUCCCUGAGUCGUACAGGAAGCUCAUCGGCCCCGAAAAGGAGAAGGACGUCCCAGACUUCAAGUACAACAAUCCUGAAACACCCUUUUCUGCCGAGGGCAAGGAGAUCGGUGCCAUGCUCCGACGCAAGGCCCCUGACGAGGAGUUCCAGCCUGUCAUUGACAGCAUUCAGACGCAGGCCAGCGAGCAGGCUCUGGACCCCAUCGUGGCUAGCACAGAGGUUUUCAUGACUGCCGUGUGCUGGGUGGGAUCCAAGUCCCUGAGCCAUGUUCUAGCUUGUAUCGAUCGAACGAAGGGCAGGCUGAUCGAUGCUGGAUCUUCGUCCCCUGCCGCCCGGGCGCAGAUCGUCUCGGCCGUUAUGAACUACUGGCACGCGCACCCCGGCGUCGCGCUGAGCAUCAUCGAGAAGCUGCUCAACUACGCGAUCCUGACCCCGUUGUCCGUCGUCGACUGGGCCCUCGCAGGGAACACGCCCAUCAACGGCGCCGAAGGCGGCGAGUCCCUCGGGCGGCCACACAUCUUCGAGCUCGUCUCCACCACCGUCGCCAAGGUCAGCGGCCGGGUGCGCCAACUGCUCGUCUCGCCCGACGUGGACGAAGAGACGCGCGAGCGGGAGGUCAAGGCCAUGCAGGACCUGUUCCGAGCGGCCAACGACGCGCUCGCCAGCUGGGCCGGCGGCAGCAAGGACGAGCUCAUGGAGGAGGGGGACGGCUCCAGCAGCAAGGAGGCCACGAUCCGCCGCUGGGGCCAGCGCUGGCUGAGGGUCUACCAGCGCCUGGCGGCCAUUGAGGACUCGUUCGUGCUGGAGGCGGCCAAGGCCAAGGUGGACAAGAUGGACACGGCCGGUGCGGAUGGCGUCGAUGGCGCUUGA